GAAGGUCUGAGGUUCAGGUUCAGUUAAAUGACAAUAAAACCAACACAAUUCCACAGUUAGACCACUUAAACUGGGAUUUGGCCUUUAACCUUUGCCUUUAUAACAGCCAGGUGAUCCAAGCGGCACAUCAGCGACACUCAGUGUUCAAAGUUGGCUACUGCAUCCUGAGCUGCGACAUUCGAGGGCUCCCGGAGAGAAUAAGACGCUUCAGUUAAAACGCUUCGCGGCGAUGAACAAGAGCAACCGGCGACCUAUAAGCAAAAGCGCGUAACAUACAGCACUAUAAAAUACUGUCUCCCGAAUGGAGGUCGUACUUGUCGCUUUGGUCAGUUUGACUUUCUGACGGCGCUCGUCGGCGGAGUUGUCACUUUUACAAAGGCGCACCCGAACGCAGCAGUGGGCUCGCUCAUUUCCCAAGAUGGCGGACACGACGACGUCGCCGGAGGACCACAGGAAGCACGCAGACCUGGCUUUCGGCGACGCCGUUUUUGACCCCGGUUUCUUUAGUGUCGGCGGGAAGGGGAGCUCCGGGUCGCGGGCUAACAGCAUUGGCUCAAGAAGCGCCUCUUCGGUACCAAAUACAGAUGACGAGGACAGCGACUGCCGCCACGAGACGUCCGACAAGAACUUGUACAAAGAUCGACGGAGGCAAGCGCACACGCAGGCCGAGCAGAAGCGACGCGACACAAUCAAGAAAGGCUUUGAUGACCUGCAAGCGGUGGUGCCCACCUUCCUGGAGUCUGAAUCUGUGCUGGGGGGGCAGAAGGUAGCCAAGGCUGUCAUCCUGCAGAAGACCAUCGAGUACAUCAAUUUUCUUAACAAAGAGAAGAGGAAGCAGGAGGAGGAGGUUUCCCGUCUGAGAAAAGAAGUGACUGCGCUGAAGAUCAUGAAAACGAACUACGAGCAGAUCGUAGAGGCAAACCAGAACCACCCACUGCAGGACGACAACCAGGUGUCGGACCAGAUCAAGUUUGACAUCUUUCAGAGCAUCAUGGACUCCCUCUUCGACUCUUUCAGCAACUCCAUCUCGGUCAACAGCUUCCAGGAGCUUUCGGCCAGCUUGAUCAACUGGAUCGAGGAAUACUGCAAGCCUCAGAUGCUGAGGAAUUUCGUGGUCAGGGUCUUGCGACAGCUCAACUGUCAGGUCUACUGAGGCUAGUUCCAACCCCACGGGAUGGUCUGGUGUGUUAAUGGUACAUCGUGCAUGUGUCUCUAAGUGUGUAUUUCAGGCGCCUUUUGUCUGAUUUCGACAUUUUAAAAAUGGUGUUUACAAUUCUGAUGAUCUGUUGGAAGCGUUCGAUAGUUUUAAGCGUGUAUCGUGAACUUUUGAAUGGAAUGUCUUUUAGUCCCAGGCCGGUGUUUCUUUUAACAUGUGAAAAUGCACACAUUGUGACGUCAAGCAACACGUUGAAUAGUUUGUGUGCGGGUUUCUCUCUCAGGGUUGGAGACUCACGAUAAAAACAUGAGUUUUUCAUGCUAAAUUGUGCAGGAGUGCUUAAUACUGUGACCACUGAGCGUCCAUCUACAGGCCAUGUUAAGUCAAUAGCGGCAAAGUUAAAGGCCUACUGAAAUGAGAUUUUAUUAUUUAAACGGGGUCCAUUCUAUCCGUCAUACUUGAUCAUUUUGCGAUAUUGCCAUAUCCUUCCUGAAAGGAUUUAGUAGAGAACAUCGACGAUAAAGUUCGCAACUUUUGGUCGCUAAUAAAAAAGCCUUGCCUUUACCGGAAGUAGCAGACGAUGUGCGUGUGACGUCACAGAUUGUAGGGCUCCUCACAUCCUCACAUUGUUUACAAUCAUAGCCAGCAGCAGCUAGAGCGAUUCAGACCGAGAAAACGACAAUUUCCCCAUUAAUUUGAGCGAGGAUGAAAGAUUCGUAGACGAGGAAAAUUAGAGUGAAGGACUAGAAGAAAAAAAAAAGGCGAUUUCAGUGGGAGCGAUUCAGAUGUUAUUAGACACAUUUACUAGGAUAAUUCAGGGAAAUCCCUUAUCUGCCUAUUGUGUUGCUAGUGUUUUAGUGAGAUUAAAUUGUACCUGAAAGUCGGAAGGGUGUGGCCACGGGUGUGUUGACGCCAGAGUCUCUGAGGGAAGUCACGGCAGCUGCAGCAGGACGGAGGCUCCCCUGAUGUCUCCGGUAAGAGGCGACUUAUUACCACAAUUUUCUCACCAAAAACUGCCGGUUGACAUGUAGCCGGGAUCCAUGUUCGCUUGACCGCUCUGAUCCAUAGUAAAGCUUCAUCUUCGGGAAUUUUAAACAAGGAAACACCGGCUGUGUUUUUGUGGCUAAAGGCUAAAAGCUUCCCACCUCCAUCUUUUUACUUUGACUUCUCCAUUAUUGUUUGAACAAAUUGCAAAAGAUUCAGCAACACAGAUGUCCAGAAUACUGUGUAAUUAUGCGAUUAAAGCAGACUACUUAUAGCUUGGAUCGGGCUGGAAAAUAAUGUCCGCUACAACCUCAGACGUCAAACGCACACGUCAUUAUACCGCGACGUUUUCAACAAACCUCGCGGGAAAUUUAAAAUUGCAAUUUAGUAAACUAAAAAGGCCGUAUUGGCAUGUGUUGCAAUGUUAAUAUUUCAUCAUUGAUAUAUAAACUAGUGGGUAGUAGUGGGUUUCAGUAGGCCUUUAAGCAAAAGUGCUGUUUUUUUUAAAUCCUUUAUUUCUCUGUCCUUUGUCAAAUAUCAUGUGGUGAUGACAACUUAGUCUAACCGCAACCUCAUGGUUAGAUCUAGGUUUUCAAGAAUGUCUUGUCAGUAGACCAGCCAAGUGUUGAACAGGGUUUCCACAAGUCAUUAAAAAGCAAUUAAAGUAUUUUGCGAAAAUUAAAGCCUUAAAUUAAAUUUAAAAGCAUCAAGUACCACGUCCAAAGGCAUUAAAGCCUCACAAGUCACGCCUUGCUCGUGAGAGGCACUGCAAAGUAAUAAAAGAUAAGAAGAAAAGCGAAUAUAAAGCCAAAUGUCUUGUGUGGGAAUAUUUCAGCCCAUCAAUACGGAUGAACUAGCAACAAAACAAUUUAAUUGAAGUGCAUUGUCAGGUUUUUUUUAGGUGUAUUUAUUUAGAAUUAUUGAAUGACAAUGAUAAAAAAGACUAUUGUAAUGAAAAAUGUGUUUAAGGUUCCUUGCAUUAUUAUCGUAUGUUUACAUUAGUGCUUGAUUUGGCCAGUUAAUGUAAACUUUUCAACAUUAUCAUUGUCAAAUUCUUACAAUUCUGUAUACAGGCUGUACUGUAUUAUUUCGACCAUAUAUAACAAUCUGCAGGAGGACAUGGGCAUUAAAUUCCUUUUUAAAAGCAUUAAAUUAGAUACCUGCAGAAACCCUGUUGAACGCCCAAGGACUAGGAUGUGUUCUUUCGACCCCCUCUAGGACCACUGAUGUUUUAAUGAGUAUCAGUUAUUACCAAGUAUGGAAAGUUAUCAGCGACUUUGUAAAUAGAUGCCAGCGUGGAAAGUAAAUCUGUUGUGUUGAUGAAGAGCUGCUUGUGAUUUCUUGCAAAAUACUCAGUCUGGUCAAGGAGCAGCAACUUUAUAAGUAACCAAUGAUUGUAUUGACAAACAACACAUCUUAAAGCAUGUUUUAUUGAAAGAUGCUGACAAACCGGUGCUUGGUGCGUUCAAUAAGACUUGCCUUUAUUGUCCCGUUUCAAGAUAUGGUGUGUGCCAGGAGUCUGUCCUAUGACCACUAUUAUUUAGAAACCGUAUAUCAAUACACAUCAAUCUUAUUACUGCAGUUUGACUUAAUGUUGAUGUUUUUUAUAUUUACAGUCUGAGGCGCACAUUAAAGAACUUUUAGGUGCCUUGCCCGAUUGGCUCAAACUCAGGCGUACUUAGUGAGUGAAAUAAACCUGUCCCAAUUUCUGUAUCUUGUGGUCUCCCAUUCCGUCCUUUUACCAAAAUCAUGUUGAUCCACUUUUUACCCCCCGUUUUAAAAGACCUGCAAUAAUGAGGGUGAAAUGUUCUUGUUUUUAAAGAUAUUUAUACAAUUAGACAAUGUUUUGCUGGAAACCAAUUUGAGUUUUGGAUAAUGAUGUUUUAGGACACAGAAGAUUGUACUUGUGUCCGUUUGACAAACAUUUUAUAUUUGCUGAAUUAUUCCUGUUCUCUUGCUUCUUCAAAGUGUAUUGUGCUGUAUGUUUUUUCCAGAGCGUCCCUCCUGCCUAAAUAAAUAUGCUGUUGAUAGA